AUGGCGGGUUUGCCUGUUUGCUUGGCGUGGCGUGUGGCUCGCAACUCGUAUGGAUGCAUCCAACAACCUUUCACAUACCCCAGUACGGCUUUUCUCUUGGCAAAACAUCAUGUUGGGCUAGGAUUAAGCUUGGGCCUAGCCUUGGAUUGGAUCGUCCCUGAUUCUCCCAAGCAUUUUAACGGUUCACCAUUGAACCCUUUACGAUAG